AUGGCCGAGAAAGAGUCCUACUACGAUUAUGAGCCCUCUGUGGCUGCAGCGGGUAUCUUCGUUGCCAUAUUCGCGAUCUUGGGUGUGAUGCAUUUCUUUCAAACCUUCAGAACUCGCACAUGGUUCUGCAUCCCCUUUGGCCUGGGAGCUCUCCUGGAAGUCAUCGGCUACCUAUGUCGUGGCCUCGGGAACUCCAAACCGGAUGUCCUUAUCCUCUACAUCAUCCAGACACUGUUCAUCCUGCUCGCACCAAUUCUAUUCGCCGCCUCGGUCUACAUGUUUCUCGCUCGCAUCAUGCGAGCAACGAACGCCACCCACCAUUCGAUCAUCCGCAUCAACUGGGUCACGAAAAUCUUCGUCGGCGGAGACGUACUUUGCUUCGUCAUUCAAGGUGCCGGGGGAGGCAUCCUUGCUGGGGCCGAUACCCAGACCUCUUUGGAUCUUGGAAAAGGAGUCAUUCUUACAGGCUUGUGCUUGCAGGUGGUGAUCUUUGCAUUCUUUAUGGUUGUUGCUGCGAUAUGGCAGAAACAAAUGAGAGGCUCCGAGGAAGAUGAGAUGACAUCGUUCAACUGGUUGAUCUACCUGCAGAUGUUGUACGUGGUCAGCGUCCUCAUCACAGUCAGAAACCUGUUCAGGGUCAUCGAGUAUGCCAUGGGUCCCGACGCAUACCUUCUCAUGAACGAAUGGCCUAUUUACGUUUUCGACGCUUUCUUGAUGGCUAUUGUGCUGGCCAUCUGCACCAGGUGGUAUGUUGCCGAUGCGAUGAGGAAGGCGCAGAAUGAAGGCAAAGACAACGAAGGCAAUAAUGUGGAGAUGUUGACACAGUCGGAUGCCGGCGCCUGCUAG